GCCUAUACGAGAAUUUAAAAGAGUAGGAACUACAAAAGCCAUCAACCCAAGAAAAAUUCAAGCAAGGGGACACGACGAACUAUGACCACUACUGCCGGCGUACAACAACCGGAAAAACGUCCGCGCUCAAUCUUCGAACUCCCUGCAAACUUCUUCGACUCAUGUCGUCUUCUUCCUCCGGCCAAACUCCUGCAAUUUCAAUCUCCUCUUCUUCCUCCUUCAAUUCCUUUCAUCGAAGAUGAAGAAGCCCUAUCUUCAACACAGAAAUUGGAUGAAGAAGAAGACGAAGAAAUUAAUUCUACUUCAAAUUCUACUAAUAAUAGUAUGAACAGAUGGUCUUGCAAUACUUGCAAGUCUGAAUUUGAAUCUCUACUUGACCAGCGCUCUCACUUCAAGUCUGACCUUCAUCGUUUCAAUGUUAAGCUAAGCCUUGCUGGAAAAAAGAUUUUGAAGGAGGAUGACUUCGAUGAGUUAACCCCUGACUCUUUCUCCAAAGACUUCGAUGAUGUUUCAAGCAUAUCAGGAUCAGAAGAUGAAGAUGACAGGGGACCCCGAGCUUGGAAUAACACAAGUGACAUGUUGGUCCAAAGUAUUAAACAGAAAAUAUCUGUGGGUCUUCUUUCGGGGGGAAAAGUCUCCAUUUGGAAGUGCUUGCUUCUGAAAGAUUUUGAGAAUAUCUCCUAUGAGAAUAACCAGAUAGUGGUUUUUGACGACAAAAAACACGUGCCCUGCUUCACAGAUUUUGAUGUUGUAGAGAAGUUGAAAGCUUUAAUCCAUGAGCCAAGAGAUAAUACUCACUUGAGGAUUGUGUUGCUGGCGAGUGGAGGACACUUUGCUGGUUGUGUCUUUGAUGGCAAUACUGUUGUUGCUCACAAGACAUUCCACAGAUAUGUUGUGAGGGCCAAGGCUGGUAAAAGACAGUCAUCAAAAGAUGCAAGUGGCAAGUCUAUCCAUUCUGCUGGAGCAUCACUUCGUCGCUAUAAUGAGAUUGCUUUGAAGAAGGAUAUUCAAGAGUUGCUUGCUUCUUGGAAGCCUUAUUUUGAUGCAUCUUCUUGUGUUUUCAUUUAUGCACCUUCAAACAACCGCCAAUUGUUCUAUAAUGGUGAUGUACCAUUGUUUAGCAGCCAACGGUGUGAUGCUAGAAAUAUUCCUUGUAGUGUUAGGAGGCCUACUUUGAAAGAAGCUCGGCGUAUAUAUAACCAGUUGAGCCAAGUUGCAUAUGAGAUUGAUGAGGAAGAGCUUCCUGAUAUAAGUCAGAUUGAAUUGAAGGAAAGUUGCAUAAGUGAUGCAAACCUUUUGAAGGGUGAUGAAAGGGGUGAAGCAAGGGUGAGCAAGGGCAGUGAAGCUUUUGAAAGUGGCAAAAUAUCUGAUGAAAAAUCCUUGUCCGAUGAAAAUGAUGAAGAAAUGAGAUGUAUAACAACACCUUUACAUGAUGCAGCAAAAUCUGAUGAUUCUGAGAAGGUUCUAGAACUUCUGGAGCAGGGUCUAGAUCCUACCGUGAAAGAUGAAAGAGGGAAAACACCAUACAUGCUGGCAAAUGAGAAAGAAGUCAGAAAUACUUUUAGACGCUUUAUGGCUAUAAACCUUGAAAAAUGGGAUUGGCAUGCUGCUAAUGUUCCUAGUGCAUUGACUAAAGAGAUGGAGGAGUGUCAGGCUGCAAAGCAGGCUGAGAAAGAUGCCAAGCGAAAAGCAAAAGCAAAGGAGUUGAAGAAACUGCGUAAAGCAAGAGAAAGGGAAAAGAAAGAUCAGGCGAAGGCUGCAGAAUCCCAGAAUGUUGCAACAGUUGUAGAGAAUAAGAGUGCUGCUUCACCUUCAGUGAGAACAAUUCAAUCUGUCAUUGCUGCAAGAUUGUCCAAAGAGGAGGAACUUAAAAGAAAACAAAUUGAGGAGAGAGAAAAGAGAGCUGCUGCAGCUGAAAGGAGACUUGCAUUGGCUGCUGCCACAGCCGCCGCUAACACCCCUGCAACUGCGAGCACCUCACUACCAAAAACCAGUGCUGGAAGUACCGACGAGAUCUGCUCUUGUUGUAAUGCAUCGUUGGCCGGUAAAGUUCCUUUCCACAGGUAUAACUACAAAUACUGCAGCACAACAUGCAUGCAUGUUCACAGAGAAUUUCUGGAAGAUGGAUGAUAACUGACAAGAUUUUAUUUAUUACCACCCAUUUUCUUUUUAGUUAUCAGAUUUAAUUUAUAUUAUCCACCAUAUGUUUCUGGCAUUUUUUCCCCAUGCUGUAUCACAAAUAAACAUCUAAGUAUAUGAAUUACACAUACAUUUUCAGAGAAAUAUUUUCCAUGUU